UUGUCGAUCGUCGUUUGUUUUCUCUCGUGAUUGUGCUGUUGAAUGGUCGGCGAAACAAACAAUUUUUAUUAAAUUUGUCUCAUCAAAUAAUAUUUUUGUGUAAAAUACUACACAAAAUUUCAUUCUUUUAUCAUUAGAUAAUAUUUUAAGACUUCAAAAUGUCAUUGAGCUCCAAAGAUAUUGACAAUCUUCGUCCGAAAGUUGACAAAUUGGUCGUCAGGUACCACGGCCAGUCGGACUUGACGAUCUGCAAUGUGGCCAUGAGUUGCCUUUCGGCUGGUUAUGACAAAAGGAAAACUUGUGAAAAACUGUCAGGUGUGUUGGACAGCAAAAAAGCUGAACGCAUGACUGAGAGGUUGAUGGAGUUGGGCGCUGUGGUCAAAAGUUCCUUGAAAAGCUCCUCCAGGAAGAGAGCUCUGGCGGAGAAUGACGACCGCGAGUCAAAGAAGUCCAAGGCCAAGGAAGCUAUGGACAACGGCAACGAAGGCGGAGACAGCGUUUCCAAAGCCAUGGCUGCAGCAGCUGCGAUGGCCAGCAGCAAACAACCCUCAGGAGGCCCAGGCAUGGUCAUACCCAUGCAACUCGGAGUUGCGCCUGCUGUACUUGGAGGAAAUUCAAAUUUGAGUUCGAAAGAUAUUGAAGCAAUGAUGAACAAUGCUAAAAAGGUCAUCGAAGAACGAAAGAAAGCCUUGACCGCCUUAAGAACUGACAACACAAAGCCCAAAUUUGGUAUCAUGGAUCCUCAAAUGAUUGUAGAAGCGGAAAAGGCUCGCAGAAUUGCCCAACUGCAAGCCCAAAUUCAGGAGAAAAUCAAUGCAGUGAACAUCACUGCUGCCGUUGCUGCUGCUACGGCCCAUGUGAGGGAGGUCACUGCAAAGCCAAAACCCCUGAUUUUGGAUGCGGAAGGCAGAACGGUCGACAUGGAGGGCAAAGAAAUCCAGCUGACACAGAGAAUGCCAACUCUGAAGGCUAACAUCCGAGCCAAAAAGAGAGAGGAGUUCAAGCAACAGCUGCAGGACAAAGGCUCAGAAGAUGUGACUGAGCAGACCUUCUACGAUCCUCGAAUUGCAGCCAAGACUUCUAUUCGUAACAAGAGAGCUCUCAAAUUCAACGAGCCGGGAAAAUAUGUAGCAUUGGCAGACAGAAUGAGAACAAAAGCUCAGUUGGAGAAGCUUCAGAGCGAAAUCUCGCAGAUUGCCAGAAAAACCGGCAUCACUACAACCACCAAGCUGGCCUUAAUUACUCCGACGGACUCAAGAGAUGACGAAGUCCCUGAGGUAGAGUGGUGGGACUCAAUCAUCUUGGCAGGGGACAAGUACGCCUUUAAGUCAGACGGCAAGGUGAUUUUCCAAGGUGGCGCUGUCACCAACCUGGUGGAGCAUCCAACCCAAAUGCGAGCCCCAACGGACCCUCUGCGUCCCAUUUACAUGCCUGUCUUUCUGACCAAGAAGGAACGCAAGAAAAUACGCAGGCAAAAUCGUCGUGAAGCUUGGAAGGAAGAGCAGGAGAAGAUUCGUCUUGGGCUCGAACCAGCUCCGGAGCCAAAACUCCGCAUCACCAACCUAAUGAGAGUUCUCGGCACUGAGGCCGUUCAGGACCCAACCAAGAUCGAAGCCCACGUGCGAGAGCAAAUGGCCAAGAGACAGAAGGCGCACGAGGAUGCCAAUGCUGCCAGGAAGCUGACACCGGAGGAGAGGCGUUCGAAAAAGAUCAAGAAAAUGAAGGAAGACACCACUCUAGGCGUCCAAGUUGCUGUUUUCCGUGUCACUGAUCUGAGCAAUCAGUCAAAGAAGUUUAAAGUGGAAACGAAUGCAAAGCAACUUUUCAUGACUGGCACGGUUGCGCUCUUCCGAGAUUGCAAUGUUAUUGUGAUGGAAGGCGGACCUAAGCAGAUGAAAAAAUACAAACGAUUGAUGCUGCACCGCAUUAAAUGGGAGGAGGAUCUGGUGAAAGAUAGUGAUGGCAAUGAGGUCCCUAAUAGGUGUGUCCUAGUGUGGGAGGGCUCUGAAAAAAGUAGGAGCUUUUCCGGGGAUGUGAAAUUCAAGUUGUGUCCAACUGAGCGUGCGGCUAGGGAGCUUUUCAAGAAACACAAGGUGGAGCACCACUGGGAUUUGGCUUACAGUGGUGCUGUUUUGGAGACAGCACAGGAUAAUGCCUGAUGUUCUAAAUUUCAGUUGUCUUGUAUUUCUUUAUUACAUGCCUUACCAGCAGCUGUGUGUAAAAGAUUGGUUUAUCAAUAAAUUUCAGUUCUGCGUAAA